AUGCAAGUUCAUACUGAUAAAAGUCCUGUAAUUCGAACUACAAAAUCAAGAGUGGCAGUUUCCCCUAAUUCUAUAAAGUCAAUUCCAAUUACACAUAAAGUAAUCAAUCGUAUAAUGGUUCCAAUAUACUUAAGAGAUCAAUAAUAAUAAUAACAACAACAACCAUAAAAUCCAGAUGUGAUUAGAUUGUAAUAGGAAUUAGAGAUGUGGAUUCAAAGAUAUCGAGAAUUAGAAUAAAUGUAUUAAGGACAUAAGAAUCAUUUAGUUAUUGUAUAUAAAAUAAUUAUGAAUAGAUUACAUAAUAUUAAGAGCGUAUUGAUAUGUUAGUUUAAGAGAAUCAUCAAUUAUCUCUCAUUUUAGAAUCACGUAUUUAAGAAGUGUAAUAAUGGGAAAGAAGUUACUAAGAGUUACAAUAACAAUUACAAUAUACUCACACAAAUAGAGAAUCUGAAUUUCAAAUUCAAAUUAAUUAAUACUCUAAUGUAAUUACAAAUUAUGAAAAGAAUAUUAAUGAAUUGAAAACCACUCUCCAAUUAAAUCAAUAAGAAGGCUAAUAAUGGAGAGAGCGUUGUGAGUAUUUAUAAAAGGAAUAAGAAAAAUUGAGACUCUAUUAUGAAAAUCAACGUCAAUAGGAUGCUGAAAUGCUUAUGCAAAGUGCAGAUCAACAACGUUAAUAAAAUGAAAAUGAGGUUUAUAAACUUAGAAGUUAAUUGGAUAGCAGAAUGAAAGAAUUAGAAUAAUUUAAGUAAUAAAAUCAUCAAUUAGAAUAAACUUUGAUUGAAGUUGGAUCAAGUUAAUAAAAUUAUGAAACUAAAUUAUUACUAUUAACAUAAGAAAUUGAAAAUAGUAAUAAUGUAUUCUAGAAAAAAGUGUAAUAAUUUGAAUAAACAAAAAAAAGAAAUUAAGAAUUAGAAUAAGAAAAUCAGAUCUUGAGAGAAUAAUAUGAUCAAUUUGCUCAAUAAUUAGAUUUCUAUAGGUAAAAAUAUGAGCAAGAAGUUUUGAAUUAAAGAAAACAGGAAAAUUCGAAGUUGGAUAGAGAACGAACAUUAUCAGAAGAAAUGAAAAGAAUUUAAUAAUAAAUUGAAGAGAGAGAUAGAAGAAUUAAAUAAUUAGAAGUUUAAAUAUAAGCCAAUUCUUAAUACUAAUAAUAAUUGAUAUAAUUAGAAGAUAAAUGCUAAGUUUAUUAAUAAGAAAUUGAAAGAUUAAAUGGUUAAGUUAGAUUGAAGGAAUAAUAGAUCUAAUAGAUUUAAUUACAUAAUGAAUAAGUUUAAUAAAAACAUUACAAAAAUGAAAACACUUUAAUAAAAAUUCAAAAUGAUUAUCAACAAUUGAUUAUACAAUAAACUACAUAUUAAAAUAAUUUAGAAUAAUUGUAAAAAGUAAAAUUGUAAUUAGAAGAGAGAGUUGUAUUAUUAGGAAGUGAGAUUGAGAGAUUGAAUGAUAUUUAAAGAUAAUUGAUAAAUGAACUUGAAUAGAAUGUAAGAACAAGAAGGAAUGAGAAUGAAACUCUAAAUACAGAAAGAUAGAAAUACUCAAUCCUUAUUGAAUAAUAAUCUAGAGAAUUAUCAGAAUAUAAAUUAAAACUUAAUUAAAUUGAGUUAAUUAGAAGUUAAUCUGAAUAACUUAAAUCUGAUAAUGAUAGAUUAAAUUAAUUAUUAAGACAUUUAUAGAAUGAAAAUGAAUAAUGGAGAUCUAAUUAUAAUAAAUUGGAGGAAUAAUUAUAAUAAGAAUAUGAAACAAAAAUUAUUAUGUUAUCAUAAGAAAUAGAAAGAUUGUCUAUUCUCAUUAAUGAGAGAAGUACUGAAAUGGAAACUAAUAGAAGGAAAGUUACUAUUUUGGAAGAAGAAUUAAAUAAGAAAAGAUAUAGUUAAGAUGAAAAAUUGGCUAUGCUCACAAGUGAAAUAGAAAGACUCAAUCUUUUAAAUCUCUCUUAUUCAGAAUAAAUUGAAUUACUCAAAACUAAAUUAAUUAAACAAGAUUCAUAGGAUUUACUCUUAUUAAAAGAAAAAAACUUAUAUUUAAAUUAGGAAAUAGAACGCUUAUAAAAUAUAGUAGAAGAUCUUACUAAAGAAUUAGAAAUUUAUAGGUAUCUUAUUUUUAUAUAUUUUCAGACUUAAAUAUGCUGAUUAAUUUGGAGUAGGAUCAAAGUAUGAAGAAUUGCUUCUCUAUUUAUCAUUAUAUAAAGUAGAAAUUGAAAGUUUAAGAGCUUAAUUGACUGAUAAAGAAAAAGAAGUUAAUGAUAUGCGCAGAUCAUAAUUGGCACCAUACAGAAGAUGA